UUUAAAGCUAUUUUUAUAUUCUGUAAUCUGUAGUUUCGUCUAAAAUCGUUGUAGGCUAAUGUAAAAACAAACUUAUCAUUUAUCUUUUACGGUAUACCACGUAAGAUAAAGAGGUACGAAUUUGACAAACUAAACGCAAUAAAUAAUACACUCGGACGCUUGACGCAUCUUUCUCGAACGGUGUUGUGUUUCCGGGCGGUGUUAAAGAGGAGGCGGACGCCAGUGAACGUUGGCUUCACCUCCUCGGCUCUUUCGGCUUCGAUCAGGGGGACUUCGAAACUCUACAUCGAGCUGGUGCUCCGAUCACUCCUAUUUUUGCAGAUAACCCUAUAAAAAGGUGACCACCUCUAUCCAUCAAAUGUAGACCUAAACAAUACCACUGUAAUUAAAGAAGACAAAACCAUAUUAGCACUCAGAGAAACGUUUCAUUCACUUCAUCGUUUUGAAACAGAUUUAAAGAAAAGUGUUAUUGUAAGACAAAACUACAUACCAAAAAACCAUAUCAACAUGGGUGACCAAGUGAUCCCCGCUUUUAUUAAAAUUCAUACACAAAAUUAAAUAAUCUUAUCCUUGCCUUAGUCAUUGGCCUUACUAGUAGUACAAAAAAUAAAAUAUUUUACAAACAAUACUUUAGAUUGUGUACCCAAGUAUAAAACAAAAAUUAAAAUGGCGAGUUCAGGUCACAUGUGGCCAAACAGUCAAGAUGACUAUGAACUAUUGGAAGUAAUCGGUGUUGGCGCAACGGCUGUAGUGCACGCCGCUUUCUGCCGUCCUCGAGGAGAGAAAUGCGCUAUAAAACGAAUCAAUCUAGAAAAAUGGAACACCUCUAUGGAUGAACUCCUUAAGGAAAUCCAAGCCAUGUCUAGUUGUAACCAUGAAAAUGUCGUAACAUACUACACUAGUUUCGUCGUUAAAGAAGAGCUGUGGCUCGUCUUGAGACUUUUAGAAGGUGGCAGUCUAUUAGAUAUAAUUAAACAUAAAAUGAGGAUCUCCAAUUGUAAACACGGUGUCUUCGAUGAGGCAACUAUAGCUACUGUUCUGAAGGAGGUGCUGAAGGGCCUCGAAUAUUUUCACCAGAAUGGACAAAUUCACAGGGAUAUUAAAGCUGGUAACAUUCUUCUCGGAGAUGAUGGUAUCGUUCAGAUUGCGGAUUUUGGCGUUUCAGCCUGGCUGGCGACGGGAAGAGAUCUGUCGAGGCAAAAAGUGCGACACACGUUCGUCGGUACCCCCUGCUGGAUGGCACCCGAAGUCAUGGAGCAGAACCAUGGCUACGACUUCAAAGCAGACAUUUGGUCCUUCGGCAUCACAGCCAUAGAGAUGGCGACAGGUACUGCGCCCUACCACAAGUAUCCCCCUAUGAAAGUGCUGAUGUUGACCCUUCAAAACGAUCCGCCGACACUCGAUACCGGUGCCGAAGAUAAAGACCAAUACAAGGCCUACGGCAAAACAUUCAGAAAGAUGAUAUCGGAGUGUCUUCAAAAGGAUCCCACAAAAAGGCCCUCGGCGACAGAGCUGCUCAAACAUUCGUUCUUCAAAAAAGCGAAAGACCGGAAGUAUCUCGUGCAGACGCUCGUGUCGAUCGGGCCCAGCAUGGAGACGCGCGUGCACAAGGCGAGCAAGCGGCAACCCGGCACGUCCGGGCGCCUGCACCGCAUGGAGACCGGCGAGUGGGUGUGGGAGAGCGACGAGGAGGACGACGACGACGACGGCGAGGCGGGCCGCGACCGACCAAUGAACCACCUGCUGCGGGCCGACUCGUCCGACAGCGACAGCGACGCCGAGCCGCGCGCCGGCUUCAGCAUCGGCUCCGUCGAGCCUGAGGACGCGCCGCAGAUCAACCUCGUGUUGCGCAUGCGCAACGCCCGCAAGGAGCUCAACGACAUCCGGUUCGAGUUCGCGCCGGGCAAGGACUCGGCGGACGGCAUCGCCACGGAGCUGGUGGGCGCGGGGCUGGUGGCGGCGGCGGACGCGGGCGCCAUCGCGACGCAGCUGCAGCGCCUCGUGGACGCGCACCUGUUCCCGGGGGGGGCGCCCGCGCCGCGCUCGCUCACCUUCCGGCUGGAGUCGGCCGACCCCGCCGAGCCGGCCGACGAGAAGGGGCUCGUCGGCUACGCGCAGAUAUCGAUCGUCGACUGAGCGCCUUCCCCGAACCCCGCGCCACUACCUCGCCUCUCUCGUCCGCCCGGAUCGUCUUAUGGACAAUAAUAUUGAUAGUCUACGUCAGCCGUAUUUCCUUUUUGUAAUAUUGUGUAAUGGAAUUUAAACUAAGUGUAUCGACCCACGUUCGUCGUCUCGCCGCUUUAUAAUUUGCGAUAUUGCAGACCAAAAAUCUGCGUCCUGACGCGAAAUGACGAAUCGUUAGAUGAAAUGACUAGACCUUGCGAACGUACCGCGUACAGAGAACACGGCUGCCGGUAAAAUUUAAUUCUGUUCGCUAUACUUUAUACGAGCUCGUAUAUUAUGGUAAAAUUACGGGCUCCUACUUUAUAAUUCGUAGUUUCGUAAUGUUUAAACGCUAUAAUAUCAUAUAAUGCUGCAUCCUAAUUACAGACAUAUUUUAUGGGUGAAUAAGGAAUUCAUUAUUAAUAUUGUUUAUAGCUCAAGCUGAUAAAAAAUAUAUUUGUAAGAAUGAAUCUGAAUAUAUAAGUUAUAUAUUAUUACGUGUUUAUUUCGCUAUUCUAUAAUUAAAACACUGUAAUAGACUUAACUUUUAAUUUAUGACGCUCAAAUAUUUUUAUUGGAAUGUAUAUCUUAGUUAAGGAUAUCACACUGUGUGACACAAUCGCAAGUUGAACGGAAUUUUAUUCUCUUGCUUGUUCGUACUAACUUGGUUCCUUUAAGUAGUGCCAUAUUUAGUUUUUUCUAAAUAUGUUUGUGAUAAAUAUUGAAUUUUUCAAUACUGUAUUACCGAGCACAACAUUCUGACAUCAUUACAGUGUUAAAGUAAGCUGAUGUAUACACCAUGAAAUGUUUUAAGUUGUUAUUUGUUUGUUGCUUAUUUUGGAAUUAUUUUUUUAAAUAAUAAAAUGUAAAUGACAUUGA